AUGGCUCCGCCUGCGAAGCGCCGCCGGCGGAACACGGUUGAUUCGGCCGACGAUCACGAUGACGACGCCGACUACAACGACGGACAGCCGCAGACGCGCGCCAACACCCUCACCAACUUUCUCCUCUCCUCCCCGAGCUCUCCCACGAAGUCCCGUAUAGCUACCGCGUCCCCGAGCCCCAGCAAAGGCCGCGGCGCCGCCUCCAAGAAUGGCACCAGUCCCAGGAAGAACUCGCUGUCCAACAACGGUGCCAGCCCAAGCCCCCGCAAGACGAGGGGCGCUGGUCGAGGCAGCGAUGAAAAGGGCAAGAGCGGAGACUUGAAGCUUCUAUUCUCGAAGCAGACACAGCGCGCGUCCAAGGCCCCGGCCGUGGGCAGCGAGAAAAGAGCGCUGCCGCUUGACGACAUCAUCAGCGACCCCAUCUCGGAAGAUGACGAAAUUUCCGACCUCAAGGCAAGCUCAGCGAGCCUAGUCGGUCAACAUGCGCGCAAAAGACAAAGAGGUCUCGGUCAAAACGCGUCAUUAGACACGACGACAUCCAGCCAGCGAUUCUUGAAGCCGCCACGGCCAAUCAACACCGACGACGGCGACCUUCGACCCUGGUCCGAACGAUUCGGUCCGCGAAACCUGGACGAGCUCGCAGUACAUAAAAAAAAGGUGUCCGACGUCAGACGAUGGCUGGAAGAAGUGAUCAGCGGCAGGCUGCGGCAACGUCUGCUCAUCCUGAAAGGCGCUGCAGGGGCUGGCAAGACAACGACCGUCCGCCUGCUGGCCAAGGAGCUAGGCUGCGACCUUCUCGAAUGGAGAAACCCUGUCGGCAACGCAGGCACGGGAUUCGUAUCCUCGUCGGCCCAGUUCCAGGAAUUCCUCGGUCGUGGAGGCAAGUUUGGCACUCUGGACCUUGAUAGCCCGCCACCGACCGCUACCGGUCCCAGCAACGCAAACACGGAUAAUGACAAACGAAUCAUGCUCAUCGAAGAGUUUCCAAACACGUUUUCCAGAUCAUCUUCCACACUGUCGUCUUUUAGGGGAGCGUUGCUACAGUUUCUAUCCAGCCAUGUGCCGUCACACUCCAUGUUCUCGCAACAGAGCCGGCGAGAGCCCGCCAAACCAGUGAUUUUGGUUAUUUCAGAAACGCUUCUCACAACGACAUCAGCGUCCGCCGAUAGUCUGACUGCGCAUCGCCUCCUCGGGCCAGAGAUUCUAGGCCAUCCAGGAGUUGGCGUGAUAGAGUUCAACGCUAUUGCUCCUUCGCUACUGGCUAAAGCGCUUGAGCUGGUCGUGCUGAAAGAAGCAAGAAAGUCAGGUCGACGGCGGACACCCGGACCGCUGGUAUUGAAGAGGCUGGGUGAAAUCGGAGACGUCCGCAGCGCAAUUUCGUCGCUCGAGUUUCUGUGCCUCAAAGGUGACACAAAUGCUGAUUGGGGUGCCAAGGUGGCUUUCACAAAGCAGAAGAAAAGCACCAAAGACGCCAUCGGUAUGACUCAGGGUGAGCAAGACAGUCUAGAGCUCAUGUCCCAGCGAGAAGCCAGUCUGGGCAUAUUCCACGCUGUCGGCAAAGUCGUAUAUAAUAAGCGAGAGGAAAAAGCUGCCGGUGACGAGGCAGAGAUCUUGCCCAACUACCUCUCGCAGCACUCACGACCACAAAAGUCGCAAAUAGCAGUCGACACUCUGAUAGGGGAAACAGGCACAGACACACAUACAUUUAUUGCGGCUCUACAUGAAAACUACAUACUGUCCUGCGAAAGCACCGGCCCAAUGGAUCUUUCCACACCGAUGGACUAUGUCAACGAAUGCAUAGAGCAUCUAUCGCUUAGCGAUCUAAUGUGUCCUUCGCAAGACGUCUUCUUUGGCGGACGCGGUGGCUUUUCUGGCAGAGACUCGGGCAGCCAUGUUCUUCGACAAGACGAAAUGAUGUUUGAGGUGGCUGUCCGCGGCAUGCUCUUCUCACUCCCCAACCCAGUCAAGCGCAAAACAACAGGCAUGGCUAGAAGCAGCGACGCCUUCAAGAUGUUUUAUCCCGCGAGCCUGAAGCUCUGGCGCGCCAAGGAAGAGAUUGGCGGCCUCGUCGACGUGUGGUCCUCGCGAAUGCUCCGAGGCGAAGAGCAGGUCGCCAAAAAAGAACUGACAGAUGGCGCCAAUGCAUUCCGUCGCGCUCCUCUUCUAGCCGCAUCGUCAACGCAGAUGAGCCAAGCCAGCCAACCCCCCUCGACAAAGCCGCAGGAUUCUAGCGUAGUAGAAGACGACAGCAGCGCACCACCCCCGCUGUCACUGGGCAGCGCAGCCCGAAGAGAGCUUCUGCUUGAGAGGCUGCCCUACAUGGCGCAGAUUGCCCGCGCACGCCGAAACGGUCCGCGGAUGCGCGAGCUGGAAAAAAUUGUUUCGUUAAGCGGCAUAUCCGGCCCCAACGAUGACGAAGAGGAUGUAGAUGACGAGGCGGGCGCGGGCGCCGGGGAGGCAUGGGCGACGGAUAAGCCGUCCGAAGAAGCGAGCCCAAGGAAGAAGCGCACGGGGAUCAAGUCGAGCGCCGUGACGAGCAUGCUCGCGCAGAAGCUGGUGCUAAGCGACGACGACAUUGAAGACUAG